UCUCUCGCUCUUCUCCCAGCCCUCCGUGUAAACCGAUCUCCUCCCGGCUCAGCCUUUUGUACUGGAAAAGAAGGGGGUGGAGAAUACAUUCCCCCCAGCUUUCAGCCUGUGUCUCCCUCUUUCCCUUUUUUUUUUCCCGGUUUCCUGUUGCGAAGGGGCUCCGGAGCGGAUGUGAGCGGCUCUCACAGGUGUGUCUGGCGCGGCGAGCGCGGAGUUGCGAGAGAAGCACACCUGGAUUCAUCAUGUGAUCACCGUACCUGGGCGUGGAGUUCAGUCUUUGCCGAGUAUUUUCCAGCCUUUAGGAUCUUUUUAAACAGUUUCCCCCCCCACCUCCCUCCUUCCCGGUUCAUGUGGAUUGUUUUUCCCACCCCCCGAUUGAGUCUUUUCCAGGGAUUUUGUUUUCGUCUCUUCGUAGUUCUGAUGCGUAAGAUGUGAACUUUUUGUUCGCCACCGACUGGAUAUAUUUUUGAUAUUUUUUUUUUCGGAGGGGUGGGUCGGUUCUCGGGGCUGGGGAUUAAAGAGAAUCCGGAUUUGAGGAUCGUGUUCAACUUCUGCGCUUCAAAGAAAUGGGGUGCUGGACUGGAGCUCUCUGCCUGCUGCUGAGUUUCUGCCUGGGCUGCGCUGUGGCAGAACCAAACGAGCACUUCGCCACGGAGAAGGAGAUCAUCAACAACGUCGUGCAGGACCCACACACAGGACGCGUGUAUCUGGGCGCAGUCAAUGGGAUCUACCAGUUAAACUCCGACCUCCGGAAAGAGAAGUACAGGGAAACGGGCCCAAAGGACGACAACCCCUCCUGUAUCCCCCCCAUCACAAGGGCGUGUGACGCCAAGCCCACAAACAACACCAACAAGCUGCUGCUGGUGCACGAGAGCAACAGCUCCCUGAUAGUGUGCGGGAGUCUCUUCAGGGGGAUCUGCUCCCUGCUGAACCUCUCCAACAUCGAGGACGUGAUUUACUACAGUGAGGACAAAGGGGAAAGGGCAUUCGUGGUGAGCGCUGAUGAGACGGUGUCAGUGGUGGGAGUGAUGUCCACUCUGAUGAAGGAGGAGGAAAACCUGACUGUCUUCUUAGUUGGGAAGAGCUAUGAUGGGAGCCACGAUAAUUCCAAGUUAAUCAGCACCCGGAUUCUUAAGAAUUACAGGGAUUGGGUGGUUUUUGAAAAUUUAGUUGAGGCCCCUGUGCAGACGAGCUCCUAUGGCCUAAAAUACAAACACGACUUCCGCUACGCCUUCAAGGAUGAGGGAUUUGCCUACUUCCUGUUCUCUCGCACAAAUGGCAAGAGCGAUAAGAACUACACGUUUAUCUCGCGGCUGUGUGAGAAUGACAGCCAUUACUACUCCUACACGGAGCUCCAGCUGAACUGCAGUGAGGCGGGCACUGCCCUGAACCAGUAUAGCAAGGUGCAGGCUGCCUACAUCACUUCCCCUGGGGAGCAGCUGGCCAGCAUCAUGAGCCAGUCCAGCAGGAAUGGUCAUGUGACGGCCCAGGACAAGGUGCUGUUUGUGGUCAUGAGCACCGAUUUGGAAUCUAAACAGCAGAGCUCUGCACUCUGCAUGUACCCGCUGAAGGCCAUCAAUGCCAGACUGGCACAGAUCAUCAGCUCUUGUUACUCUGAAUUAGGCGAUAUUAAAGGGGAGCAAGCUGUUUACACCCCAUAUUCAGAGACUCUACACUGUACUUCGGUUAAUAAAGUCCAGGUAGAUCAGUACCCUUGUGGCGCAGACUUCCUGCCCUCUCCACUGGCUGGCAUGCCUGCUUUUGCAGUUUCCUCAGAGGCUGUUUUCCACAGCAAGGACCAGCUGACCGCAGUGGCUGUGUCUGUGGAGAAUGGCCACUCCAUCGCCUUCUUGGGCACCAGCGCUGGGAUGAUUUGCAAGGUGCAUCUGGCCAACGUCAGCAAGCGGUACGAGAACAUAACUGUGGGGAACACCAGAGUGAACAAGAACCUCUUCUUUGCCAAGAGCUGGAAACACAUUUACGUCACCACAGAGAAAAAGAUCACUCGAUUGCCCGUGCAGCAGUGCCACCAGAGAAAGAGCUGCCAGGCCUGUGUGGCACCGAAGGACCCGUACUGUGGCUGGUGUGUGAUGGAGGGGAGAUGCACCAGGAAGGCAGAGUGCAGCAGAGCCCAGGAGGCCAACCACUGGAUCUGGAGCCCCAGUGGGACAUGUGUCCAGAUCACAGGCUUCGACCCACCCAACCUCAGCCGCAGGAAGACAGGGAAUGUGCGCCUUACUCUGUCCCCUCUCCCUGCCAUUAAGGACAGUGACGAGCUGAAGUGUAGUUUUGGGGUGUCUGACAGUGUAGCUCGGUACGAAAAUGACCAGAUUGUCUGCUCUCUCCCUGAGCCCUCCCUCAUCCCUCCAACUCCUGGAAACCAAGAUUUUGUUGCGCUGAAUGUGACCCUGAUCUCCGUCAACGGGUCCGUCCAGAUCGCCGCCAGGAAGUACAAGUUCUACGACUGCAGCGCGGCGAUGAAGAAGGACCCGAACACACCGUGCAUGUCGUGUGUAACCAGCUCGUGGAACUGUCAGUGGAACACAGAGACGCACACCUGCAGCGAGAGCGAUGACACCUCUGCCGACAUGAACAUCAUCAGGAACACACAGGGAGAAAAAUGUCCCCAGUUUGAGACUCCACAUCCUCAACAGAUCCCUGUAGGACAUAAGACCCCCAUCACUUUUGUGGGCCGUAAUCUGGACAUUGAGCAGGGUAAAAAAUUUAAGAUUGGCACAGAGUUAAUGGAGGGUGAAGAGGACGUCACAUCUACAGGAGGUUCAAGCUUCAGAUUUCCUGGCUUUAAGUUCUCCUAUGACAAAGGCCAGACAGUAGAUCUCUUGUUCUAUGUACGAGAGGAUGGAACUAAUCACAGGAUUGACAGCACUCUGAAUGUGACUCUGUACAACUGCUCGUUUGGCCGUGAGGACUGCAGCCUGUGCAAGAGCGCAGACCCGCAGUACAACUGCGUGUGGUGUGGCACCACCAGUUCCUGCAUCUAUAAGCAGCUGUGCUCAGAUGAGAUACAGGAGUGCCCCGUGCCCCAGAUCACAGGCAUUAUUCCUCGCUACGGGCCUCUGGAAGGGGGCAUUGCAGUGACCAUCAAGGGAUCCAACCUGGGGAUCCGCAAGGAGGACAUUAGAAGUAUCACGGUGGCCGGCGUGGAGUGCAAACAUGAGCCAGAGCGAUACUCAGUGUCCACCAGCGUCAUCUGUGAGAUCGGCCCCGUCCCCAGAAGCUUGUCGGGCACGGUGGUGGUGGAGGUGGGCGAUGGGAAGACUGGAUCGUCUAAGGAAACGUUCACCUACAGGGAUCCUGUACCAACAGCGGUCAGCCCAAACAAGGGCCCGAUGGCAGGAGGGACAGUAAUCACCAUCUCGGGGGAAUACCUGGACACAGCCACCAAAGAGGAUCUCAAGAUUACCGUGGGCGACGUGGAGUGCACAGAAGUGCAGCUUGCCGAGGAGAUUCAGUGCAAAACGGGCCCAUAUUCUGGAAACAUGCUGUCUGUCCCGCUGGAUGUCACUGUGAACUAUGGGGGAAAGACAUCAAAGACUGUUGGCAAAGCAUUUCAGUUCUUGGAAAACCCUAAGGUCGUGGACUACAACCCUGGGGAGAGCUUCAUGUGUGGAGGGAGGAACAUCUCUGUGUUUGGCCGUGGGUUCGAUUUGGUACAGCAGGCUGUGAUGAGAGUGGUGCCGUCAAGCAUGAAGAAUACCGAUUCAGAUUCCAAUAACCAAACGUUUCACGAGCCAGCUCAUUGGAAGAACGACACCGUGAUCGAGUUCCGCUCCCCGGCAGUCAGCAACAAGUACGAGAAUGACGACCUCAACACCUUCAUCAUCCUGGACAACCUGGAGGUGGACCUGAAGGACAUCAAGACCGAUGCGAAGUUCGAGUACCACUCCGACCCCACGUUCCAGAACCUCACGAAGACCACCAUCUCUGACAACAGCGCCAUUUCUGUCAAAGGCAAAGGUUUUAAAAAAGCCAUGACCAAGAAGGAGGUCGAGGCGUUUGUGGGAGAUAAGGCCUGUAAGGUGACAAGCCUUGAAGAUGACAUGAUUUACCUGAACCCUCCCACGGAGCGGCCCACAGCCCAGUUCAGGCGCCCCAAGAGAGACACCAGCUCCAACCUGGACCUUUUAAUAAAGUUUGGAAACGGAGAGUGGGUGGUGGGUAAGGUCAGCUAUGAAACAAAAGACCAGGUUCCCCUGCACAUCAUCAUCCCCGUGGUGAUAAUCCCAAUGUUGGCCAUCAUCGCAGUCUCCAUUUACUGCUACAGGCGGAAGAGCCAGGAGGCCGAGCGGGAGUACGAGAAGGUGAAACACCAGCUGGAGAGCCUGGAGGAGAGCGUGCGAGACCGCUGCAAGAAGGAGUUCACAGACUUGAUGAUCGAGAUGGAGGACCACACCAGCGAGCUCAACGAGGCGCGAAUCCCCUUCCUCGACUAUAAGACUUACACCGAUCGCGUUUUCUUCCUGCCCUCCAAGGACGGGGCAAAUGAUGUGAUGAUCACGGGCAAGCUGGACAUUCCUGAAGCUCGACGAGCCACUGUGGAGCAGGCUCUCAACCAGUUCUCCAACCUGCUCAACAGCAAGCCCUUCCUCAUUAAUUUUAUCCGCACGCUGGAGGGUCGUCCUGAUUUCAACGCCCGAGCGAGAGGCUAUUUUGCCUCCCUGCUGACAGUGGCCCUGCACGGCAAGCUGGAGUACUACACGGACAUCAUGAGGACGCUGCUGCUGGAGCUCAUGGAGCAGUAUGUGCACAGCAAGAACCCCAAGCUCAUGCUGCGCAGGUCUGAAACAGUGGUGGAGAGAAUGCUUUGCAACUGGAUGUCCAUCUGUCUUUACCAGUUUCUCAAGGACUCGGUAGGCGAGCCGCUGUACAAGCUCUUCAAGGCCAUCAAGCACCAGGUGGAGAAGGGCCCGGUGGACGCGGUGAUGAAGAAGGCCAAGUACACUCUGAACGACACGGGGCUGCUGGGGGACGACGUGGAGUACGCGACCCUGACCCUGCAGGUACUGGUGCAUGGAGAGGGCCCGGAUGUCACGCUGGUGAAGGUGCUGAACUGUGACACCAUCUCUCAGGUCAAGGAGAAGAUCAUCGACCAGGUCUACAGGAACCUGCCCUACUCACAGAGGCCCAAGGUGGACAGUGUGGCUCUGGAGUGGCGCCCUGGUUCCACGGGCCAGAUUCUGUCCGACCUUGAUUUGACCUCCCAGAAGGAGGGCCGGUGGAAACGAAUGAACACGCUGGCACACUAUAACGUCCGAGAUAACGCCAUCCUGGUUCUGUCCAGAGUCCUGCACCCCCAGCAGCCUGACGAACAGCACCAGGACAACCACGAGGAGCGUAACGCUCUGCUGGAGGACGACAAGGUGUUCCACCUGGUGCGCCCCGCGGACGAGCUGGACGACGCCAAGUCCAAGCGGGGCAGCAUGAAGGACAAAGCCAUGACGAAGGCCAUCACCGAGAUCUACCUGACCAGGCUGCUCUCCGUCAAGGGCACACUCCAGCAGUUCGUGGACGACUUCUUCCGCAGCGUGCUGUGCUCCGGCACCGUGGUGCCCCCUGCCGUCAAGUAUUUCUUUGACUUCUUGGACGAGCAGGCGGAGAAGCACGAAAACGUAGAUGAGGAGACCAUCCACAUCUGGAAAACAAACAGCCUGCCCCUGAGGUUCUGGGUGAACAUCCUGAAAAACCCCCACUUCAUAUUCGACGUGCAUGUGCAUGAGGUGGUGGACGCCUCGCUGUCGGUCAUCGCUCAGACUUUCAUGGACGCCUGCACCAAAAGCGAGCACAAGCUGAGCAGGGAUUCACCAAGUAACAAGUUGCUCUAUGCAAAGGAGAUCUCCACAUAUAAAAAGAUGGUCGAUGAUUACUACAAGGGUAUCCGCCAGAUGGUGCCUGUCAGUGACCAGGACAUGAAUACGCACCUGGCAGAGGUGUCAAGGGCUCACACAGACCAACUGAACACGCAGGUGGCUCUGCAUCAGCUGUACCAGUAUGCGAGCAAGUACUACGAUGGGAUCAUCAACUCCCUGGAUGAGGACCCAGCCACACAGAAUAAGCAGCUGACUCUGAGACUCCAGCAAAUAGCAGCAGCUCUGGAAAACAAAGUCACGGAUCUCUAA